AAUGGAUUCCACUUGAGGAAUUUACGAAUAUACAGAAAAUUGGCAACGGUGGGUUUAGCGAGAUUUUCAGAGCAACUUGGAAUAAAGGAAGAAUUAAGAAUGUGAGCGAAAUCGGAACCGCAUAUCGGAGUCCUGAUGAAGUUAUUCUAAAAGUACUAGAUAAAUCGCAGGAUAUAGAUGUCGAAUUUUUAAAGGAGCUGGAUUUUACAUAUAAAUUCACAAAUGCUCGAUCACUUCGUUUAAUUAGCGUUUAUGGAGUCACUCAGGACUCCGAGUCUAAGAACUAUGCCUUUGUUAUGCAAUACUUUAGAGAUGGAGACUUACAUAAAUUUUUAUCAAAAUUUUUUGCAGAGAUUCCUUGGGGAAAAAAACAUGAUAUUUUGAAUAGAAUUAUCUGGGAUUUAGUCAACCAGCAACAAACUCAUUAG